GGGGUCAGAUGACCCGCCCAACCGGCGUCGGCCUAUAAAAGCUUGAGUGUUGACGUCAGCGUUCUCUUCCGCCGUCGUCGCCGCCAUCCUCGGCGCGGCUAGCUACACUCGGAUCUGCCUGGGAGAAUCCACCGCCAUCCGCCACCAUGGUGAACUUCACAGUAGACCAGAUCCGGGCCAUCAUGGACAAGAAGGCCAACAUCCGAAAUAUGUCCGUCAUCGCCCACGUGGACCAUGGCAAGUCCACUCUGACGGACUCCCUGGUGUGCAAGGCGGGUAUCAUCGCCUCCGCCCGGGCUGGGGAGACCCGCUUCACUGACACCCGGAAGGACGAGCAGGAGCGUUGCAUCACCAUCAAGUCGACGGCCAUUUCCCUCUUCUACGAGCUCUCAGAGAAUGACUUGAACUUCAUCAAGCAGAGCAAGGAUGGCUCUGGCUUCCUCAUCAACCUCAUUGACUCCCCUGGGCACGUGGACUUCUCCUCAGAGGUGACAGCCGCCCUCCGUGUCACUGAUGGUGCCUUGGUGGUGGUGGACUGCGUGUCGGGCGUGUGCGUGCAGACAGAGACGGUGCUGCGCCAGGCCAUUGCCGAGCGCAUCAAGCCUGUGCUGAUGAUGAACAAGAUGGACCGGGCGCUGCUUGAGCUGCAGCUGGAGCCCGAGGAGCUCUACCAGACCUUUCAGCGCAUCGUGGAGAAUGUCAACGUCAUCAUCUCCACCUACGGGGAGGGCGAGAGCGGCCCCAUGGGCAACAUCAUGAUCGACCCCGUUCUCGGUACUGUUGGCUUCGGGUCUGGUCUCCACGGCUGGGCCUUCACUCUGAAGCAGUUUGCGGAGAUGUAUGUGGCCAAGUUUGCCGCCAAGGGCGAGGGCCAGCUGGGGCCUGCCGAGCGGGCCAAGAAGGUGGAGGACAUGAUGAAGAAGCUGUGGGGAGACCGGUACUUUGAUCCAGCCAACGGCAAAUUCAGCAAGUCAGCCAACAGCCCAGAUGGCAAGAAGCUUCCGCGGACAUUCUGCCAGCUCAUCCUGGACCCCAUCUUCAAGGUGUUUGAUGCAAUCAUGAAUUUCAAGAAAGAGGAGACUGCAAAACUAAUUGAAAAACUAGACAUCAAGUUGGACAGUGAAGAUAAGGACAAAGAAGGCAAACCACUUCUGAAGGCAGUGAUGCGCCGCUGGCUACCUGCCGGGGAUGCCCUGCUGCAGAUGAUUACCAUCCACCUGCCCUCUCCUGUGACGGCCCAGAAGUACCGCUGUGAGCUCCUGUACGAGGGGCCCCCAGACGACGAGGCCGCCAUGGGCAUUAAAAGCUGUGACCCCAAAGGCCCUCUUAUGAUGUACAUUUCCAAAAUGGUGCCGACCUCUGACAAAGGUCGGUUCUAUGCCUUCGGCCGGGUCUUCUCAGGGCUGGUGUCCACCGGCCUGAAGGUCAGGAUCAUGGGGCCCAACUACACGCCCGGGAAGAAGGAAGACCUAUACCUGAAGCCAAUCCAGAGGACAAUCCUGAUGAUGGGCCGCUACGUCGAGCCCAUUGAGGACGUGCCUUGUGGCAACAUCGUGGGCCUGGUGGGCGUGGACCAGUUCCUGGUGAAGACAGGCACCAUCACCACCUUCGAGCAUGCCCACAACAUGCGGGUGAUGAAGUUCAGCGUGAGCCCUGUCGUCAGGGUGGCUGUGGAGGCCAAGAACCCGGCCGACCUGCCCAAGCUGGUGGAAGGCCUGAAGCGGCUGGCCAAGUCGGACCCCAUGGUGCAGUGCAUCAUUGAGGAGUCCGGGGAGCACAUUAUCGCGGGUGCCGGGGAGCUGCACCUGGAGAUCUGCCUCAAGGACCUGGAGGAGGACCAUGCCUGCAUUCCCAUCAAGAAAUCCGACCCAGUCGUCUCGUACCGAGAGACCGUCAGUGAGGAGUCUAACGUGCUCUGCUUGUCCAAGUCCCCCAACAAGCACAACAGGCUGUACAUGAAGGCACGGCCCUUCCCCGACGGCCUGGCCGAGGACAUCGACAAGGGCGAGGUGUCUUCCCGCCAGGAGCUCAAGCAGCGGGCCCGCUACCUAGCCGAGAAGUACGAGUGGGAUGUGGCCGAGGCCCGCAAGAUCUGGUGCUUUGGCCCUGAUGGCACCGGCCCCAACAUCCUCACUGACAUCACCAAGGGCGUGCAGUACCUCAACGAGAUCAAGGACAGCGUGGUGGCCGGCUUUCAGUGGGCCACCAAGGAGGGGGCGCUGUGUGAGGAGAACAUGCGGGGCGUGCGCUUUGACGUCCAUGACGUGACACUGCAUGCGGACGCCAUUCACCGCGGAGGCGGCCAGAUCAUCCCCACGGCCCGGCGCUGCCUGUACGCCAGCGUGCUGACCGCCCAGCCCCGGCUCAUGGAGCCCAUCUACCUUGUGGAGAUCCAGUGUCCGGAGCAAGUGGUUGGUGGUAUCUACGGUGUCCUAAACAGGAAGCGGGGCCACGUCUUUGAGGAGACCCAGGUGGCCGGCACCCCCAUGUUUGUUGUGAAGGCCUACCUGCCUGUCAAUGAGUCCUUUGGCUUCACCGCUGACCUGAGGUCCAACACGGGCGGCCAGGCCUUUCCCCAGUGUGUGUUCGACCACUGGCAGAUCCUGCCCGGUGACCCCUUCGACAGCACCAGCCGCCCCAGCCAGGUGGUGGCAGAGACGCGCAAGCGCAAAGGCCUGAAGGAAGGCAUCCCGGCCCUGGACAACUUCCUGGACAAGUUGUAGGUGGCCUCCCCGCAGCCUGCUGCCUGGUGGGACUCGGUGCAGCCCCUGCGCCCAGGGACAGGUGACCACAGCAACAGCCCCACAUUCUCCACGACACCUUGAGGUUGUCCAGACCCAGUAACGCUCUGCCUGACAAGUUUCUGGGGCCCACUCUGUGCCAUCGCUCAACAUGAACACUUGAUGCCGUUUCUUUCGAUAUUUAUUUCUAGAUUUCAGAGGCAACAGAAAUGCCCUCACAGCAGGGACUUAUCUGGCCGGUGGGGAUGGGGGAGGAGAUGGGACACCCAAAGCUUUUGUUAAGAGGGAAAUUCACAUGUCCAAAAAAAGUUAAAAAUAAACGCAUUAAGAGGUUUAUUUGGGUAAAUGGCCCGUAGUGGAUUCUUCUCCGGAAAGGGGGAAGGAACAAGCGGGUAGAUGUUCUCUUUGGACAGAAGCUAGAAGGCAGGAAAUCCUGUGCAGUGUCACCAUGAGCACCUCCAGCUGUAUUAGUGCCAUUGGAAUAAUAAAUUUGAUAUGGUGGUGAUCGUG